AUGGCGGAUUCGGCUCCAGGUUUUCCUUCCAGUCGGCGAGGCCGCAUCUCCAUGCGCCUGCUGUUAUCUUAUGCCUUUGACUGGAUUUCUCUAAUCGCAGUCGCCGGCAUCGCUGCCGCGUUGGGCCACAUCGACCCUGCGAAGCGACCCUUUUCCCUAGUCAACCCCGAUAUCUCAUUCCCCUAUACCGAACAUGAGCUUGUCCCGCCCUACCUCCUCAUCAUCCUCAACGCCGGCGUCCCCAUCGUCAUCAUCGCCAUUGUUUCUCUCAUCUUCGUCCCGGGCCCCACGGUUCCCAAGGACACCCCCAAGGCCCUGGUCUGGAAGCGUAAGCUGUGGGAGCUGCACAUUGGCUGGCUAGGUCUCGCCCUCGCCCUCGUCUCCGCCUGGUUCUUCACCGAGUCCAUGAAGAACCUCUUCGGCAAGCCUCGCCCCGACCUGCUCGCCCGCUGUAAGCCAGACCUCGACAAUGUCGCCGACUACAUCGUCGGUGGCUUGGCCUGGCGCAAUUUGACCGGCCAGCUCGUCUCUGCCGAUAUCUGCACCCAAACCGACAGGAGUAUCCUCAACGACGGCUUCCGGAGCUACCCCAGCGGCCACUCCUCCUCCGCCGCUGCCGGCCUAAUCUACGCCUCGCUCUUCCUCGCCAGCAAGUUCUCCGUCACCGUCCCCUUCGCUCUGCCCAGCGCUUCCUCUGUUGCAGGAGCGCACAGCCACGCCGCCUUCCCCUCUCGACAGCGCCCGACUGUGGAUCGAUAUGAGCCGACCCGCACCGCAACGUCGUCACCCCCGAACAAACUUGACGAAAACUCCUUCGAGCAAAACGUUAAGAUUCAGUCACUUCGCCUCCAGGCUGCAGCGCCGCCCAUCUAUUUGCUCGUCCUCACCAUCGUGCCCUUCGCCUGCGCCGUCUUCAUCGCCUCGUCCCGUUGGUAUGACUACCGUCACCACGGCUUCGACAUCCUCUUUGGUUUCCUCAUGGGUACCGCCACCUCCAUCUACGCCUUCCGCUACUACCACCUUCCCAUCCGUGUCGGUGCUGGUUGGGCUUGGGGACCCCGUAGCGAGGAACGUGCCUUUUGGGCUGGCGUAGGUCGGCUUGGUUACGCCGGUGAGGACGAGGAGAUGCUCCCGAGCACCCAUCGCCACGGCACGGGCAUGUAUGCCAACACUUCGUACCCGGCCAUGACCUCAGGCGCGGCCACUCAGAGACCCGUCCAACUUCACCACUCUGACAACGACGAACUAGAUCAUUCCCGUGAACGUCCACCGUUCCAGGAUGUCGAAUUGCAGCGAAUGAACCCACGGGACGACCGUGAUGACCGUGUCUAA